UCUCGCUUGUGAGGAGCGACGAUAUCGAAUUUUCGUAUUUCAGUAUUUUACACGUUUUCAUUCUCGUUGUUUGGAGUUCGUAUUUGUUUUACAACGCGUGGAUUGAAAGGUUGGAUUAUUUGAUGCCGAGUGAAACUCCGAUUUCCGUGAUCGUAGAUUACUGGUCAAUGUGCAGCAUGUAUCUCGAAGUGAUCUCUGCCUGGUUUUGUAGUUAUUUUCCAAAAAAUAAUCUCGCAUCGAUAAUAAAAGCUUUCCAAAAGGCUGAACGAACUUCUGAGAAACUCGAUAUACCGGAAAACUGCGAGAAAUACUUGAGAAAUAUCGUCAUUCAUCUGCUGCUCUCAAUCACAGUUUUUUACGGAACCAUUUCUUUUACCAAUGUCAUACUGAUGCGUUUCCCGAAUUAUUAUUUAGGCCAGUGGCUUGUAUUCAAUGUGCCACGUUUAGCAUCGAUCACCUACCUAACUCUGUUCGUUUGGUGUCUUGUGAUAGUUGAACGAAAAUUCCGUCGUUUGAAUAAAAAAGUUCAUGCAUUCCUGCAAAACUAUUGCAUCAAAGCUCACGGAGUUAUGUAUCAGAGGAAAUCGAUCAAUGAAAUCUCAAUCGCAAAAUCAAGCUGUGAAUCGACAGAACUUUUUGAAAAACUCACCAUAAUUCUGCACUCACACCGUGAACUUCGCAGCUUGCUCAAUCGGAUCGUGAGACAUUUUGCUCUGUUUGUUAUGUUCAACGUAACGACACAAGUGACCGUGAUAAUUUUUAACGUGUACGCGGUCUAUCGGUUCGUCAAGACGCACGACUUCACCGAGCUACUCGACUUUUUAUUCGUUAUUUCAUUCGGCGUUGAAAUGCUCUUUCCUCUGACAAUCCUUAUCAUUGAAUCCAGCGUUUGUAACUCCGCAUCAUACGAGGCCAACAACAUGGGAAACAUCCUUCACUCGAUCCUCAAUCAUUCUGACAAAUCUUUCGAUACCGAAGACUCCGCGCGUUUGGACGUAAUUUCCUUGGGACUGUUGCUGAACAAAACCCGGAUAUCGGUCUUCGGCUUAUUCUAUUUGGACCAUCAUUUCAUUUACAAUACUGUACCAAUGGCAACGAUGUACCUUGUGAUAAUGCUACAAUUUUACACCUGAGCCAACGCGUUGUUCGUGCGCACGAUAAAGUGUGAAAUUGGAUGAAAGAAACCAGUGAUCAUCUGACCCAGAAAUUAUCCUUCUAAGAUU